UCUAUAGUAGCCGGGGGCGCUAGCUGCCAGCUCCAGCAGUCCGGAUCGCGCAGUAUUUCUGCGUGGCACCGGUGCGGAUGCGGCUGUAAAGCAGUGGUCACCGCCUCCGGGAGCCCACUUCUAUGUGGAGAGGGGAGCACCCAGAGAGGGUCUUAGGGUGAAAUUUCAAUUUUGGCAUAUCACUCAAGUCCUCCCAUGGCUUCACAGAAGCAGAUGGAGGUAGUGACCAAAGGAACUGGGUUCCGGCGCCGCCCCAAGACCACCACUUACACCCCGGGGACCUGCGAGCUGCUCAGAGUGAUGAUGAAGGAAUCCAAACUGACGAACAUCCAGCAGCGCCACAUCAUGGACAUCAUGAAAAGAGGAGAUGCUUUGCCCCUACAGUGCAGCCCAACAUCCAGCCAGAGAGUCUUACCUUCCAAGCAAAUAGCCUCGCCCAUCUACCUGCCUCCCAUCCUCGCAGCCCGUCCCCACCUCCGGCCUGCCAACAUGUGCCAAGCCAAUGGGGCCUACAGCCGGGAGCAGUUCAAGCCUCAAGCCACCAGGGAUCUGGAGAAGGAGAAACAAAGACUCCAAAAUAUCUUUGCCACGGGGAAGGACCUGGAGGAACGGAAAAGAAAGGCCCCUCCUGCACGACAGAAGGCUCCAGCCCCUGAGCUAGACCGAUUUGAAGAGCUGGUGAAGGAAAUCCAGGAGAGGAAAGAAUUCCUGGCUGACAUGGAGGCCCUGGGACAGGGCAAACAGUACCGAGGAAUCAUCCUUGCUGAAAUCUCCCAGGUAGGAGAAACAACCGGGGAAGUGGGGAGGGGAAGGGCCCAGCGCCAAGUGCGAAUGGAAAUAACAGGGCCUGCUGUGGCAGGGUUCAGGGGUCAGGCUCUAGCUCACUGCUGUGACAGCUCCUCAGGUUCUUAGCCCUGAUACACCUGCUUUCCCUGAUGCCCUUUGCAGAAACUCCGGGAAAUGGAAGACAUUGACCACAGAAGGAGUGAGGAACUUAGGAAGGGUCUUGCCACCACUUAAUCUGUCUCCAGAGACGGGCAGGGUAGCCCAAGCUCGACCACUGGAGUCCACUCCUCUGCCAGGCAGGGCCAUCCUCAGGCCAGCCCAUCCUACCAGCCUUCUGCCACGUCAGAUGGUGGCAUAGCACUGCCCUGCAGUACCCCAAGGCAUACUCAGCAGCCUAGCCCCUGCCCCGGAAUGCAGAUGGAGCCUCUGAGACUCACAGCCCCGUCCGCAGAGAAGCAAAGCCCGAGCAUCCCUACUAGGACGUGUGUCUAAAGGUAUCCACUGGGCCUGCUUCCCACCACCUCUGACCUGUGGCCUGCUCAUUUAGUUUUCUGAAUUCAGGAAUGAAUAUGAUUCCUUUCUUCCUGUUUUAGGAUUUACUUAUUUGAUUUCUUACCGCCUUAGGCAAGUAUUCAACCACAAUGAUUAACUGGCCAAUAAAACAUAUUUAACGUGGGUCAUUACAAGCACCAUUUUGUUUUCAGAGGGAUAAGCUUAUUUGUUCAAGGCGUUAGACUUUGUCAAGCACAGAUGGUUUCUAGCUACCUGUUUGCAUAUUUCAAGUGGCAACGGGAACCAACCUCUUGGGCACCCCAUGGCUGGCUGCUGUGGCGGGUGCUGAAUUCCACUCUGUUAAUGAUCUCAAUAAACCUCUGCAACGGUU